AUGAAAGUCACUUCCAAAGAAAAUAUCCUUUUGAAGUAUAAAGAGAAAGAUGAAUUCAUUUAUCGUCAGCUACAAAAUAUAUUGACUUCUCAACCCUUUAACAAAAUUCUAGAAUAUGAAAAUGGAGAUAUUUACAUAGGCACAUCAAGAAAUAAAAAAAGAAAUGGAUUUGGAUACUACCUAUAUGUUAACAUGAAAACCAUAUAUCAAGGACAAUGGAACGAUAAUACCAAAAAUGGAUAUGGGACAUUAUAUAAUCAAAAGGAAGUUAUAUACUCAGGUGAAUGGUUAAAUAACAUUCCUCAUGGUUUCGGUUGUAAUCACAAAGAUGGGAAAUUAUAUAUGGGUUGUUAUAAAUAUGGAUUUAUGAACGGUGUAGGUAUAUUAAGAAAAAAGAGGAGUUUGAAUUUUUGUUUGUUUGAAUGGAAUAAGAAAAAGUGUAUGAUAAGAAUUUUUAAAUAUAUGGAUAUAUAUUUAUAUAUAUAUAAUAAUGAUGAGCAAAUAUUAUAUCAAGAAAAAAUGGAUGCUAUAUUUCCAUUUUAUAUUGAUAAAAAUAUAUGUAAAAAUAUACAUGAACAGGUAUUCGAUAAAUUAUUUGGAAUGUCUGAUAAAUUGAUGAGUCAUCUUUUGGAAUCCAUGUAUAAGAAAAAUAACAAGAUUAAUGAAUGUGUGAAUACUCAAGGGGUAUUAAAAAAAUAUAUUAAUUAUGAUGACCAUUUGAAUUUUCUAAAAGAGAUAAUAAAUAAAACGGAUAUAUUCAAUUUAAGAAUUGAUGAUAAUAAUAUAAAAGAUGAUAAUAAUAUAAAAGAUGAUAAUAAUAUAAAAGAUGAUAAUAAUAUAAAAAAUGAUAAUAAUAAUAAUAAUAAUAAUAUAAAUGAUGAUGAUAAUAAUUAUGAUGAUAACCAUGAAUUUCAUUUUUUUAAUAAAUCCUCAAAAAAUAAAAGUAAUAUGAACAAAAGACAGCAUGAUAAAAACAACACACAAUCGGAUUCUUCUUCUUGUUAUAAGGGAACCAACAAUUUUAGUAAUAUGUCCUAUUCAAAAGAAACCUUAUAUCCACAUGAUAUAAUUAAAAGUAAAAGAUUGUUCAAUGAGAAGUUUUUAUUUUAUCAUACAGAUUCUUGUAACAGUGACUUCUGUACACAAACCGAUGACGAAAGUGACAGUAUUAUGAAUAAACAUGAAAUUAAAAAAAUAAAAAAAAUGAAAAAUAUAAUAAAAAUUAAACUACCAACAAAUGUUGGGAAAGAAGAAAUAAUAAAAGAAGCGAAUUACGAUGGAUUUGAAAAUUAUGAACAAUAUAAAAAUUAUGAAAUAAAUCAAAAAACUCAAAAUGAUAUAUUACGUUUUGAAAUGUAUCAACAAUUAGCCCAGUUAAAAAUAAAUAGGAAGAAAAAAAAAGAAAAGAAAAGAAAAAAAGAAGAAUAUUAUAAAUUAUUUAUUUCGCAUUAUAAUAUAAACUCAUCCACUUCUAACAAUUUACAAUUAGUAAAUCAAAAAACAGAACAUAAUAAUAAUAAUAAUAAUAAUAAUAAUAAUAAUAACGUCAUAAUAAAUUAUGGUGUGUAUUCCAAAGCUAGUUUGUUCUUUUAUGAAAAUUUAUUUAUUUAUUUAAAAGAAUUAAAUAAAAAAAAAAAAAUAGAAAAUAUUUAUCAAUGGGAAAGAUACCAUAUUUUAAUUUUAUUGUAUUUAUUUAAAUUAAAUAGAUAUAUAGAAUCUUUUUCGUCUAACAAAAUUAAAGGGAUUCAUUUUUUUUUUAUUUUAAAUAGUAAGGUUUUAAAAGAAUUAGGAAUAAACAAUAAAGAACACAUAUUUUUUCUUAUGAAUAUAAUUAAUACGUUUAAUAGUAUUCAUAAUAUGUAUUUACAAGUAUUAAAUCAAGAGAAGCUUAUACACAAUGAUUACAAGUCUUCAUGUGUAUACCAUUCUAUAAAUAAAAAGGAAGUUUUUAUAAUAAAAAAAUGUGAUAAGAGUAUACCCCCAAAUUUUUUUUUAUGUUAUUAUAAAAAUUCGCGUGUAUAUUUGAAAGGAUUUACACAUAAAAAGGAAAAAUAUAUAUAUAAACAAAAUGAAGAAAAUGAACAGGAUAAACAAAAUGAACAGGAUAAACAAAAUGAGCAGGAUAUACAAAAUGUACAGGAUAUACAAAAUGUACAGGAUAUACAAAAUGUACAAGAUAUACAAAAUGAACAGGAUAAAAAAAAUGUACAGGAUAUACAAAAUGAACAGGAUAUACAAAAUGAACAGGAUAUACAAAAUGAACAGGAUAUACAAAAUGUACAGGAUAAACAAAAUGUACAAAAAAAAUUACUAAAUAUAAAUGUUACAUGGGAAAAGGGUAUUGAAAAAAAAGUUGAUGAGAAUGUGCAACCAACAUAUAUAAAUGAUGAAUGUAAAAAUGAGGUACCUGAUGAUAAUACAGAUAUAAAUAUUUGUAUACAUGUACAAAAUAACAAUGAUUAUAAUAACCUUAAUUAUAAUAAAAAUAAUAGUACAGACUCAAAAAAGAUUUUACCAAGUUUUAAAAACAAUCUACUCAAUGCUGCUAAAAAGUUAUUAUAUAAUGAAUCAAUAAAUGAAACAUUGUUUAAUAAUCUGAAAAGUAUAAAAAAUAAUUUCCUCAAGUUAGAAGAGGAACAAGAUGAAUAUAAAUCUGAUGAACAAACCUUAGGAAACUUUGAAAAUAUGACAAAUAAGUCUUUAUCAUAUCAAGACAAAAAAAAAAAGAUAAUUGAACAGAAUAAAAUAUAUUCUCCAGAAGAUAACACAAAGACAGAAAUUAAUUAUAAAAAUGAUUGUGUGAUUAAUAAUGUAAAGGAAUAUAAAAAAAUGAAUAAGAAGAAAGGUGAAAAAAAAAAACAUAUAUAUAAUAAUCCUAUCAAAUAUAAAAAGACAUAUAAUAAUAAAACAUAUAAUAAUAAAACAUAUAAUAAUAAAACAUAUAAUAAUAAAACAUACAAUAAUAAAACAUAUAAUAAUAAAACAUACAAUAAUAAAACAUAUAAUAAUAAAACAUAUAAUAUAAUUAAUAAGUCAAUAAGAAAAAUUGAAUAUAUAAAAGAAUAUUUAAUAGUAUCUAAUUUAAGACAUCCAAAUAUCUUACAAUGUAUAGGAAAUAUAUUCGUUGAUGACAAGGAGGAUUGUGGCAUUGUUUUUGAAUAUAUAAAAGGGAAAACUUUAUAUGAUUUUAUAUAUAAAAAGGGAUAUAAUAAAAAUGAAGUAAAUGAUAAAAAGGUUAAAAAUGAUGAUAAUAAUAAUAAGAAUGACCAUAAAAAUAACCACAACAAUAACCACAACAAUAACAAUCAUGAUAAUGUUAGCCGUAGGAACAAUAUGCAUAAUAAUACGCUUAGGUAUAAAGAAAUCGUAAAAUUAUUCUUCGAAAUUUCGUCCUGCUUAUAUUAUAUACAUAAAAAAAAUGUGUGUCAUGGAAAUAUUAAUAGUAAAAAUAUAAUAAUAACAAAAAAAGGGGAUAUUAAAAUAUAUAAUUUUGAAUGUUCAUUUAUCGAAAGUUUUUAUGAUUAUAAAAUGAAAAAAAAUAAAGAACAGAAUAAAAGAUAUAAAAAUUAUUAUGAUAUUUAUAAUAAUAUUUCUUUGAAUGAACAAAUGUUUUUACCAUUUCCUUAUUUUACUACAAUUAAUAAUAUAAAAGAUAAUAACUUAUCCAACUUAUUAUCAUUUAGUAAUAACCAUUUGUAUUAUUAUUAUUGUAUUAAUGAAAAGAAUGAUGAAUAUUAUUACAUGGCACCUGAAGUAUUACGACAAGAAGAAUAUACAAAAAAAAGUGAUAUCUAUUCCUUUGGUGUUAUUAUGUAUGAAGUAAUUUUUGAGAAAGCACCUUUUGAAAAAGACAUUUCUCCUUUGUUUUUUUCAAUACAAACUUGUUAUCAUCCAAGAUAUAUUAACUUGGAUACAGAUCAAUUGAAUUUUUUAUACGGGAACAAUAUAUUCUCUUCUCUUUCUCAUUCUCUUUUUAUGAAUAUUAUAUUUUUAAUUAAGCAAUGUUUACAUCCUUUGCCUACCUGUCGACCCACUGCAAAAUAUUUAAGCCAUCAGUUUGAGCACCUGCUAGAAAUAAUUAACUGUUAUAAAGUAUUAUAA